UAUCCACUUGUACCCCAAUCCCUUUGGCAAAAACUUGUCACGACCUUUUUGAUCCAAAAAUCAAAAUCCAAAACCGACCAAUGGAUACCAACAACCAGCAACCACCUCCCUCCGCCGCCGGAAUCCCUCCUCCACCACCUGGAACCACCAUCUCCGCCGCAGGAGGAGGAGCUUCUUACCACCACCUUCUCCAACAACAACAACAACAGCUCCAACUAUUCUGGACCUACCAACGCCAAGAGAUCGAACAAGUUAACGAUUUCAAAAACCAUCAGCUUCCACUAGCUAGGAUAAAAAAGAUCAUGAAAGCCGAUGAAGAUGUUCGUAUGAUCUCCGCAGAAGCACCGAUUCUCUUCGCGAAAGCUUGUGAGCUUUUCAUUCUCGAGCUCACGAUCAGAUCUUGGCUUCACGCUGAGGAGAAUAAACGUCGUACGCUUCAGAAAAACGAUAUCGCUGCUGCGAUUACUAGGACUGAUAUCUUCGAUUUCCUUGUUGAUAUUGUUCCUAGAGAUGAGAUUAAGGACGAAGCCGCAGUCCUCGGUGGUGGAAUGGUGGUGGCUCCUACCGCGAGCGGCGUGCCUUACUAUUAUCCGCCGAUGGGACAACCAGCUGGUCCUGGAGGGAUGAUGAUUGGGAGACCAGCUAUGGAUCCGAAUGGUGUUUAUGUCCAGCCUCCGUCUCAGGCGUGGCAGAGUGUUUGGCAGACUUCGACGGGGACGGGAGAUGAUGUCUCUUAUGGUAGUGGUGGAAGUUCCGGUCAAGGGAAUCUCGACGGCCAAGGUUAAGCUCAGAGUAUUCCAGAUGAUGCUUGACCUGCUUGAAGAUAGCAGAUAUUAGUCGACCUCGCCUUGAAUUUUGGAUGUGUUUGAUAGAUUAUGCCUAAAUUCAAUGAAAAGGCUUCGUUAAAGAAGAGUAAAAAAAACUCUUGUUUCUCUCUGUUAACGUAUAUGUUAUUGUAGCAAAACCAUCAUUGCUGCGACUUAGCCUAACUAUAUAUAAUCUAAUGUGCAGUUUCUAUUGUAUGCUUCUUUCCGAUUUUUUCUCAUAUUUGACUUAUCUUGAUGUCUGAGAAAAUGCAGUCUUGU